AUGUCUACUUUGUUCACUCAAUCAGCCAUAACAGGCCCUGCUUCCAAUGACCAAGCAUUGGUUGCCAAUAACCAGCCUGAAUGGUUCCAAAAUCAAAAGAAGCGUACUAUCCCAAAUCAUUUAGUACCCAAAAAGAAAACUGGUUUCCACAUCAACUCCUCUGUAACCAAUAAGUCAAGUAAAAGUGCAGGUGCUGGGGGACGAAGAGUAGCCUCGGGGUCUUUCUCCUCCAAGGACUCCGGGCAAGUAACUAUAGCAUCAAAGGACCAAUUCAAUAUUAUGUCUUUCGGGAGUCAACAAAGAAAGGCCAUCAGUCAAGGUUCUAUUGUGGAUCGCAACAGCAGAGUUGGUACUCUUUUUGAUACCACUGGGCUAAACGAUACCACCAGAUUUGAUGACACUAUUAAUGAGACCUACGAAGACUUUGGAACUGCAGGUGACGAUUUGCCUCCAUCAAGAUCCAUUUAUGAUCUAAACGAUGAAAUUCUCGUAUCGUUAAACAAGCCAGCUCAACAAAUAGAUUCAUUUAUUAACAAAGACCCAAAGGAUUUUGCCAACGUUUUCAAUAGACAAGACGACUCGGAAUCGUCCAACAAUGCCACAGCGGCUCAAGAAAGACGCAAAUCCAUCAACCCAUUGACGAACAACGAAUCGGCUGUUUUGAUUUUUGGAUACCCCGAAUCAUUGGCCCCUCAAGUCAUCCAACACUUCAAGGAGUUUGGAGAUGUUUUAGAGGACUUUGAUUCUCAUCAAAAGAGAUACACAUUAGUGUCAACCAAGAAUCCUCAAAGAAACACAAUUGUACCCAUUUUCAGCGGCAAGAACUGGAUUAAGGUCACCUACGAUAACCCCGGAUCGGCCCUUGAAGCCUUACAAGAUAACGGAAGUGUUUUCAACGGAAUUUUACUUGGGGUAAUUCCAUACAGUAAACACUCCAUCGAGAAAUUACAAAAGAGAACUUUAGUGGAUAGUGAGGAUAUUGGUGGUGGAAACAUUACUUUGAAUGAUUUGAAUACCACAAGAAAUGAAAUAAAUAAUGGGUCCAUCUCCCCGGGCAGCGCUCAAACUCCUGCCAACACUGUUUCAAACAAUACAUCUUACACUAGUAGGUUGGACAUAAAAGAUGGAUCGCAGUUCUUUUUGAAAUCGGAAGGAGAGCAAGUCAAAUCCAAUGGUAGCUCAAAUGAAAAGCCACUAGGCAUAUUUGGAACCAUUUCUAAAUACGUUUUUGGGUUCCAUGAGUUGUAA